AGGGCUCUCUCAAGCUGAAGGGAGUCGAUGAUUCAGGAGUUAAGAAGAAAAAGAAGAAGAAGAAGAAGGACCUUGAGCGACAGAUGGAAGCAAGUAUUAGACGUGAAACCGAGGCUGAAAUUCAGAAGGAAGUAUCUACCAGUUCAUCGCGAUCAUAUACAGAGGCAGAGAAGAGAUUUUUAGAACGAAAAAGAAAAAUGGAAGCUGAACGUAUCCUGAAGAAAGCUAGCUUGACACAUAAGGAAAAAGUUGAAGAAUUCAACAGACAUUUGGAUUCUCUUACUGAACACUUUGAUAUUCCCAAAGUAUCAUGGACCAAGUGAAGUGGGAAGAAUUACAUACGGGUUUGUUUGUUUUUUUACAAUUAUUAUAGAAAGCUUUUUUUCUUUCUUUCCUGUAUAUUAUAGAAACAAGGUUUUUGUUUCUUUCCCUUAUGGUUCAGAUAUUGGGAAAAAAAAAAAAUUGUAACUAUUGAGUAAAUGACUGGAUUUAUCGAAAAUCAUUUUAUUUAUCUUUGUUAUUGUGUUGCUUUAUUAGUCGUAGCUAUGCAAGAGAUGCAAAGGGAGAAAGCAAAUAGAAGCCCAAUAUGUAUAUUCUGUUCAUUGCAUGAUGUAAUUAGAAAAUGAAUAUUUUUCAUGUCAAGAUUUUAACUGUAAGUUGGAUAUAAUAAAAGCAAAAAUAUG